GCACUUGGGGUGGGGGAUCGAUUGAUAUAUCGGUAGCUUCUUCAGAAAUAGGGCGUGUACAGAGCGCGCUCCCCGCCCUUGUCGUCCAGCCUCUCUUACCUCCCCCGGGCUGGAUGUGCAUGCAUGCCUAAUCCGGCUCCGAGUUUUAACGACUCCCCUUGUUUCCGCCACUCGUGCGCGCGUAACAUAACGUGCUUCCGUCGACGACGAUCGGUCUUCUUCUCCCCCUCGCUCCCCUGGCAGGCCGGAUCGAUCUUCUUCCGUAGCUCGUCGAUCGAUCCAUGGAGUGCCUGCUUGGGCUGCUCAAGGUGAAGGUGGUGCGCGGGCUCAACUUGGCCAUCUGUGACCCCCUCUCCCACAGCAGCGACCCCUACGUCGUCAUCCACCUCGGCCAGCAGAAAGUGAAGUCCAGUAUCAAAUAUAAGACCAUCAACCCAGAAUGGAACGAGGAGCUCACCCUGUCCAUCACAAACAUGAUGCUCCCGGUUAAGAUUGAUGUCUUUGACCACGAUACUUUCACCAAGGAUGACAGCAUGGGCGACGCAGAGUUCUGCAUCCUCGACUUUGUCGAAGUCGCCAAGAAGGACCUGAACGGCCUCCCCGAUGGCACGGUGAUGAAGACGCUCCACCCUGAUAAGGACAACUGCUUGGCAGCCGAGAGCCACAUCAAAUGGAAGGACGGCAAGGUCACCCAGGACAUCUUCCUGAAGCUCAGGAACACCGAGACCGGCGAGCUAGUCCUGCACCUCGAGUGGGUUAGCAUCCCAGGUAUCACGCACUGAUUCCAGCACCAAAAUAUGGCUGGUGCCUGUUGCUCCCUUUAUGAGCUAUAAGGAAAUAAGCAAACAUCCUGGAGAGAUCAGCAUGAUGGUUGUUAUGUAAGGCAUGCAACAGGCACUUGGGGUAAUGCUUGUUUUCAGUUUUGGUUCCCUUUUAAUCCAAAAAAAGGUCUAUUUUGUCCUGAGAUACCUGUAUAGAAACUCCAUAUUUACGCACCAUAUCGAUCAUAUUGUCAACACACUUUUGCAACUUACAGAGUACUA